AUGGCCACGCCUCUCCAGUUUGCGCCGUUUACGUCUGAAAUUGAGCUGCCCUUUUAUUCGGCUCUUUUUGCUUCUAAACUCGACUAUGACAAGCUGGAUGACUCUGCGAGAAAUGUUCUCGGUUUGUAUGAGCCGAGAGUUGAGGAACCCCAAGCCAGUUGCAAGAUGCAGAUUCUUGGUAAUGCUCUGACCAACCAAAACGCACCUCUUGGUACCGCCAGGGGAGAGGGUAUCAUCAAAAAUAUCUGGGACGCAAUCAACGACGGCACCAUCUACUCUGUGCCAUCACUUCUCUCGUCCUUUGUCAUUCUUUCAUACGCCGAUCUCAAGAAGUAUCAGUUUACGUACUGGUUUGCCUUCCCGGCCUUACACUCCGACCCUCAAUGGAAACGAACAGGGCCCGUUGAACGCCUCACCGCCGAUGAAAGCAUAGAGCUGGUCGACAGGGUCGGGACAUGGCGAUACAGCGUCGACAGUCGUCAACAUGGGUUUUUCCUCGCCAAGAAAGUCCGCAACAAGCGGACGCAAGCCGAAGACGCCGAAGGCUCGAACAGUCUGACUUUUCGCUGGGAAGUCGGUACGCUGGGCAGUUUCGAGGAGGGCUUUUUCAACGACAUUCCGCCAGAGGAUCGCUACGUCGCGUUCGCUGACCCAUCCACCUACGAUGAAGGACCUGGCUGGCCGCUCAGAAAUCUCUUAGUUCUCAUCCGACAGCGCUUCCGGGCGUCCAGGGCCAACAUUCUGUGCUACAGAGACACCUGGGCGCGGAGACACGAAGCAAGGAGUGUCGUGCUCCCCAUAGCAAUGGACCCUGUGGAAACGAUGGUGACGGGAGACAUGCCCAAGGUCACAGGGUGGGAGAGGUCGCGGAACGGAAAACUUCAGGCCCAGAAAGCCAAUCUCGCAGACUACAUGGACCCGACGAGACUGGCCGAUUCAUCCGUCGACCUGAACCUGAAGUUGAUGAAGUGGCGCCUCGCACCAGACCUGGACCUGGACCUCAUCAAGAGCACAAAGUGUCUCCUGCUGGGAGCCGGAACACUGGGAGGCUACGUCUCAAGAAACUUGCUGGGCUGGGGCGUGAGAAAGGUGACGUUCGUCGACUACGGCCGGGUCUCGUACUCGAAUCCCGUUCGGCAGCCGCUCUUCGAGUUCAGCGACUGCACCGACGGCGGGCGGCCAAAGGCAGCGGCCGCAGCGGACAUGCUGAAGCGCAUCUAUCCCGGCGUUGAAAGCGAAGGGCAUGCUCUCUCUGUGCCCAUGCUCGGUCAUGCAUUUACAGACGAGGACAAGACGAGGGCGGACCUGGAAAAGCUCGAGCGCUUGAUCGAGGACCACGACGUUAUUUUCUUACUGAUGGACACCCGUGAGUCACGUUGGCUACCGACUGUGAUAGGAAAGGCCCGUGGGAAGAUUGUCAUGAAUGCUGCUCUUGGAUUCGACUCGUACGUCGUCAUGCGACAUGGAGCCGAGCUGAGGGACAAGGCACAGACAUCGCUCGGCUGUUACUUUUGCAACGACGUCGUGGCCCCGGCAGAUUCAAUGAAGGACCAGACCCUCGACCAGCAAUGUACGGUGACUCGACCCGGCGUGGCAGCCAUCGCAUCCGCGCUCCUGGUUGAACUGCUCACCAGUCUCCUCCAACACCCUCUCCGGAACGAGGCGCCAGCACCCCAACACGUGCCAGGAAACGUUCCCGACCGCGACCCCCCCAACCAUCCUCUAGGUUUGGUCCCCCACCAAAUCCGCGGCUUCGUUUCUACUUUCCAAAACCUCAAUAUUCGAGGCCAAUCGUACGACUGCUGCAGCGCUUGUAGCCCCAAGGUGCUGGAUGCUUAUCGCACAGAUGGAUGGGGUUUCGUCAAGAGAGCAUUACAGGAGAAGGACAACGUUGCCGAGUUGUCAGGGCUGGCAGAAGUGCAGAGACGCGCGGAGGAGAUGGCAGCGCGUGUGGAUUGGGAAGACGACGACGAUCUCGUCAUGGAGGGAGAGGGGGAAUUGCUUUGA